AUGGCUACAAUGAACAGCACGUCGGCUGCUAACAGUCACCCAGCCGACCGGCCCGUCCUGCGCAACGCAGCGAUACCGUUCGGACAGGCGAUCGCCUAUGUUGUCAUCCAGAUGAUCGCUAGUGGCGUCGGUGUUAUCGGCAACAUUCUGGUGAUCGGUGCUGUGCUGAUCUACAAACCACUGAGAAAAUCCGGCAACAUCUUCAUCGCCACUCUGGCCAUCGUUGACCUUUGCGUGACCGGUUACAUCACGCCGCUGGGAAUCCUAGGAUUUUUCAAUCAGGAUGUACUGACAGAGUCGCCAAACCUGUGCACGUUCACGGGCGCCGUGUGCGUGAACGUAUGUAACGCAUCGCUCUUCACACUAAUGAUCAUCAGUGUCAGCCGCAUGUUUGCUAUUUCUUACCCCAAUAUCUACGCCCGUAUGUUCACGCCAAUGAACUGCAUUGCCGUUGUCGUCAUCAGCUGGUUUGUCGUCAUAGCCGUGAACCUGCCAGCGUUCUUCUAUAGCGACGGCUUCUGGUUUGAACCGCGUUCGCAGUCGUGCCUGUGGAACUGGUACGUGAACCCGCUGCACCGCCACCUGUGGGCCGUGCUCUGCCUAAUAGUGCCCGUCAUCGUGACGGCUGCCUGCUACCUGAACAUAUUCAUUCACGUCUACAAAAGCAAACAGCGGUGGCAGUGGUAG